AUACAGGCAGCAAAAGCACACACAGGCACGUUUAUGUGUCUACAACGACGGCGGACCGGUUCCGAUGCGUCCAGAUGCCAGAGCGGUCCGGGUUCAAUGAGCCGAGGAGGGUGGCCGGUCUGCGGCAGCGUCCGUGCGUGCCAGAGCGAGCUGAGAGGAAAAAGUCGUUGGACCUGCGUGAGAAGGAUGACGGAGUGGAUGUGAACCAAAAGCAUACUCCAUCUGAAAACCAGCCAACAUUAAUAAAACAUGAAAUCGAAGAUGGACUCGAGUCAAACGAUGAAGGGAAACAGAAGGACGGACCGUCUAUCAGCAAGUCCAAUGACACUGAUAACUACAGCAACGAGACCCUCCAAUCUACAACACCUGCUGUCAAGCCGACGACCCCAGCACCCCCGACCCCAAAGCCCAUUCUGCCUGUGCAGACAGGGGUCAAGGCCCAAGAAGAAGAGCAGUCCAGCGGGUUGACCAUAUUCUUCAGUCUGCUGGUUAUUGGUAUCUGCAUCAUAUUGGUGCACCUGCUUAUCAAGUUCAAGCUGCAUUUUCUUCCAGAGAGCGUGGCUGUCGUGUCCCUUGGCAUUCUAAUGGGAGGCUUCAUUAAGAUCAUUGAGUUCCAGGAACUGGCCAACUGGAAGGAGGAGGAAAUGUUCCGACCCAACAUGUUCUUCCUUUUGCUCCUGCCACCCAUCAUCUUUGAAUCUGGAUACUCUUUACAUAAGGGUAACUUCUUCCAGAACAUCGGCUCCAUUACGCUCUUUGCUGUGAUCGGCACAGCUAUCUCUGCCUUCAUAGUUGGCGGAGGUAUCUAUUUCCUCGGGCAGGCUGAUGUGAUCUAUAAGAUGACUAUGACUGAUAGCUUUGCCUUUGGCUCACUGAUCUCAGCUGUGGACCCUGUAGCUACCAUCGCCAUCUUCAACGCCCUCAAUGUGGACCCGGUCCUCAACAUGCUUGUGUUUGGUGAGAGCAUCCUCAACGAUGCAGUCUCCAUUGUCCUCACAAACACAGCGGAGGGGUUCUUUUCCCGUUCAGACAACUCCAUGGUUACAGGCUGGGAGACCUUUUUACAGGCGCUGAGUUAUUUCCUCAAAAUGUUUUUCGGUUCUGCUGCCCUGGGAACACUCACUGGACUCAUCUCGGCCCUUUUUCUAAAACACUUCGAUCUGAGGAAGACUCCUUCACUGGAGUUUGGUAUGAUGAUAAUCUUUGCGUACCUUCCCUAUGGCCUGGCUGAAGGCAUCAAGCUGUCUGGAAUAAUGUCCAUCCUGUUUGCGGGAAUUGCGAUGUCUCACUACACCCAUCACAACUUGUCUCCUGUCACCCAGAUCCUCAUGCAGCAGACCCUGCGGACAGUGGCCUUCAUGUGUGAGACAUGUGUGUUUGCCUUCCUUGGUCUCUCCAUCUUCAGCUUCCCUCACAAUUUUGAAAUAUCCUUUGUCAUCUGGUGCAUUGUCCUGGUUCUUCUCGGCCGAGCAGUAAACAUUUUCCCUCUAUCGUUCCUGCUGAACUUCUUCAGAGACCACAAAAUCACACCCAAAAUGAUGUUCAUCAUGUGGUUCAGUGGUUUGCGGGGUGCUAUCCCCUACGCAUUGAGCCUUCAUCUGGGCCUGGAGCCCAUUGAGAAGCGGCAGCUAAUCGGCACCACCACUAUCAUAAUCGUACUCUUCACCAUCCUCUUCCUGGGGGGCGGGACCAUGCCACUAAUUCGCAUCAUGGACAUUGAGGAAAGCCAGUCACGGCGCAAGAACAAGAAAGACAUUAAUCUCAGCAAGACAGAGAAAAUGGGUAAUACCAUUGAGUCAGAGCACCUAUCAGAACUGACUGAGGAGGAGUACGAGGCUCAAAUCUACCAAAGACAAGAUCUGAAGGGCUUUAUGUGGCUUGAUGCUAAAUACCUUAACCCCUUUUUCACUCGCAGGCUCACCCAAGAGGACCUGUUACAUGGCCGAAUCCAGAUGAAGACCCUGACCAACAAGUGGUACGAAGAAGUUCGCCAGGGGCCCUCCGGCUCUGAGGACGACGAGGAUGAAGCGGAACUUCUGUAAACUGAACAAACAGUUCCAGUUCAUACGAAAACAAUGAAUGGACAUUGUGUGUCCUGGGCUGAGGGAGUGUGUGUGUGAUGUGUGUCUGUGAAGACAAGCACUCUUUUCAGUGUCAGUCGCACGCACUUCUCGUUCAUUCACCUGCCUCCAACUGUAUGUGACAGAAGAGUCUCAGUCAGUGCCCACAGUGCAUUUUUAGUGCACAAAGUGGGCUGGAAUGUGUGAAAGUCCCAGUGAAACUGGAUUUGAAAAUUGUAACACUGAGGCAAAAAUAUAAUCUGUGAGAAUGAUGUUCCUCAUACAAAUGCCAUAUUGUUACUUGCUAAAGACACUUUGUUGAUCCGGAGAACCUUUUCCCAGUUGUUUCUUUUAUAAAGGUUUAGGUCAGAAGAGAUGACGGCAGGGAAGCGAGAGGGAUUUUUCUAUGUGAAGCAAUACUAGAGCACCUUUGAACUUUCACUUUUGUAUUGUUCAUGGCUGUGUGGCGCUGGCUUUAAGCUCUGCUGCAAGUUUUACUUUGUGUCAGGGGAAGGUUAGCACAUAAUGUCGCUAAAGGCUCAAUAAUUAAAGUGGGAUUUGUAAUAAGCCACAGGUGGCUGCUUUGAAUGUUGAACUAUAUUUAAUUCCCUCUGGGUCUCCACAUUUGUAUGCAUUAAUGAUUCUGAGUUAACACAUAUAUAUUCAUACAUAUGUGAUGAAGAUAAAAUGCCAGAGGUGACACAUGAGCUACCACUAACCCUUCCAGCAACAAGGCAACAAAGAGAAAUUCAGGAGAAGUAAAACUAGUGGAAUGUGUUGGGUAAAACUAAUCAUUUUAAAAACAGUAAAACCUUACAGGAGGAUAAUUAUGUUCCAGAACUUUGGAAAUUUCCAUUUCAUUUCCAAGUAUGGUUCCAGUUUGAUUUCCCUGAAUGAACAUGUCUGAUCAUUUUCACUCUCUUUCUACAGUGUUGUGUGUAAUGUAGAACUUGAUUUUGUGAUUUUCACUUUCACAUUUCUAAAGAUGGGCACCAAUGAAUGUGUGGGUAACCGGGAAUGAGGUCUUGUGAAUAUUUAUGUUUUUGGUUUUUUUUUUGUUUGUUUUUUUCUUUUAGUAGCCUGUUUAUCAAAUGUUUAUGUGCUGUUUGUGGGAUAAAAGCUUUUAUACAUGUUCUAUGAGCACUGCAGAAUUAUAGAAAAAAACCUAUAAUAAAACCUGUUGAUGGCCUGUA